AACUCAUGAAGCGUUUGCAGGCUUGCAGCAGGAGGAUGGCCAGGCGCAGGGGCCCCCUAUUGUAGCCGUGUUCGUGUCGGACUCCACCGUCAUUGGCCCCAAUGUCAGUGGCUGUAUCCCGGCCCUGACAUUGGACCCACCUGUCAGUGGACAGGUGUCACCUGCAGCAACCGACCUGCGCCUGCGAGGCCGUCGCCUUGAAAUGCCCCGCCUCGGCGCCCAAAUGUAACCGUCGCAACGAACACCUGUUCUGCUCCCUUCUCUCCUCUUCCCCUCGCCACAGCGCCAAGAAACCAAGAAACCCACUCGCUAGCCACCGUCCGCCUCCGCCCCUGAAGCAGCAGCACCAGCGGUGGCGAUGGAGUUCUUCCCCGACGGGAUCCACGUGCGGCUGCGGAACCGCGUGCACGGCAUGUACCUCCACGCCGACGAACUCUGGGUGGGUAUCUCCCUGAGCCCGCGCCGCGCGUCGGUGAACGCCGCGUGGCAGAUGCACCGCGUCGUGCGCGACGGCACCACCUACGUCCUCCUCCACAGCGCCGCCUACGGCCGGUACCUCGCGGUCUCGCCCCACCAGUCACCGCCGGGCCACCGCGGGCACUGCGCCAUCCAGCGCUCCUACGACGUCCCGGAGCAGGACGACGUCAUCUGGGAGGCCGUCAGGGCGGGGGACGGGGACGACCACGUCCUCGUGCGCCACGUCUCCAACCGCUUCCUCCGCGCCAACGGCUGGUACCGCCCGUGGUACACCGGCGUCACCGUCGACAACUAUGACAACCUGAGUUUUACGAUGAUGCAUUGGAUGGUUGAGGCCAUCCCCCCCGAGACAGGCGCCGCCAGUCCUUCCACUUCCAACUCAGAUCACAGUCAGGACUGGAUAUCUGGGUCUGAACAUUUUGUUCUCGUUACGAGUGCAUCUAGAGUUCCAGAUAUGUUCAUUCAGUUACCAGUUUUCUCUGCUCGUUUUGGUUUCCUAAACACCAGUGUUCCAUUGCAACAGCAUCCUGCAAUACUUUACGGCCGGUUCCGCGGGCAAACUGAGGUCGUGCGGUUGCAGCGUGUCUGGGGGAUCCUGUACGUGCGGGCGGAUGAUUUCGGGAACAUCGAUCAGCUCGGCUGGAGAAUGUUCCAGUUCUACGGCCGGUCCGUGUUCCGCCUGAGGUUGGAAGUGGCGCGCCUUGAGGGCAUCUUCUUCAACAUCACGCUGUGCGUGCGGGCCGGCGACUACGGGCGGCUGACCCCUCUGGUCGUGGACCUCCCUUUCCACGAGCGGGUCAUGGAGAUCGUCGUCCUCACCACCGGGACACCAGCUGCUGAGGAGUUGCGGCACCCAGAUGUUGAUGCACCGUAG